UUAUCUCUAUAGAUGUAACACCUCACUGCACCCGAGGAAUCCAACAGACAAUAAAUAUAAGCCCCUAUAUAAAUUACUACAGGUACCAGUCUUUGAUUUUACAUAGUUUACCUGACUAUACGGCUCCACCGACUACGCUGCAUUCAAUAGCAAAUCAGUGGCAGCGAGAGGAUAUCAUGUGUUCAUCAACCAACUCUACUAAUUCAAAAGGAUGGCCUGAACACUUACUGGACAUUUAUACUGGCUACCAGAAAUCACAGAUUUUAUUUGUGACAACCAACCUUGAAUUAUAUGAUCUACUUGAUAAUUGUGAUGGCGGGAUGACUGUAUUUGAAAUAGCCUGCAAGAAGAACAUCAAUUUGGACGCAAUAGAAAGAAUUCUGGAUCUUGCUGCUGGAUUGAAACUUAUUAAAAAAGAUGCUGGAUCUGACCCUGCAGUCUACAGCAAUAUCCCAGAGGUAGCAAACGCCCUACAGGCACAUAAGCCGAAUAACAUGGUAGCUGCGGUGCUUUAUGCUUCACGCAUCCAAUACCCUUUAUUCCAGCAGUUGAUGACUGUUAUCAAGGAUGGAAAUAAUACACAGGCUUACAAGGAUGCUUUUGGAUUUGAGGUUACCUCUGAGACGUAUGGUUCGUUGUACAGUAGUGAUCCAGACUAUACAGCAAAUUUCAUCCAAUUUAUGCAUGAUUUGUCAUCUAUAACGGCACCAGGUGUUGCCAAAUCAUUUGAUAUUUCACCUUUCAGAAGAAUAUGUGACUUAGGAGGUGGUUCAGGGGCGAUAGCAUACGCCUUAGCCUCCGAGUAUCCAAAUACUUCAGUAGCAGUUUUUGAUCUACCCUCUGUCAUAGAGAGAGCACAGAAUAUCAGACCUGAACAUUCCAAAGUGCUGAAAGUAGAAUUUGUUGCUGGAGAUUUUUUUAAAGACGAAUUUCCUCAGGCCAACUUGUACAUCUUGGCAAGAAUUGUUCACAAUUGGGAAGAAGAUAAAGUUCAUCAACUUUUAAAAAAGUCGUUUAAUUCGUUGGAAUCGGGAGGUGCUGUGUUGAUAGUAGAACGAUUGUUAAAUGAGACUAAAACUGGUCCACUAUCGACACUUGUAUCUAACGUUGCGAUGCUUACUUCCAUGACCGGAAAAGAAAGGACAGAGAAAGAGUACCGGCAACUUUUAGAGCAGCACGGGUUUGUAGACUUUCGAUGCCAUGUUGUCGUGGGGGAAAGCAGGCCAUUGCAUGCGAUGUUGGCUUACAAACAAUAAAGUAACCUAAUUUUUUUUGACCGAAAAUCCCAUCAAUAUAUAAAUAUAACAUACGAGACAAUUAAUGUAUACUGUAAAACUAGAGUGGAUGAGUGGGGUAAUAUAUAUAUACCGUACAUCAUAACACGUUUUUUUUUUUUAUUCCUUUUUUUUUUUGCCUGUUUGAAAUGAAGAAUAGGACCACGGAAAGCGAAAAAUAUACGUUUUUAAAAAUGGGUAAAAUUUCAAGUCCAGACUAAACAAAUCUUCCUGGUAUAAAUAUAGUUGAGGUGUGUGUGAUUUAGUCAUAGAUUGUUUUAAGAAUACAAAAUGAGAUAAUUUUGAGGUUUUAGUCUGAACUAAACUGUGUACUGCUAAAGUUUGUUUUAAGAAUACCUGGGUAUGUCUGUAUUAAAGAAUGGUAGUUGGUGGAAUGAACAUGAAUCAAAGAUAUAGCAUGUCCUCCUCACUGAUAAUGAAAAAGACCUUAAGUGUCUAAAAUACCGAAAAUGAAAUGCUAGUUAAACGUGUGUUCAAUAUGUGUCAUAGUAAUUAGCAAACAGGAUAAUGCUCCAUAAUCAAUAUCCAACUUAACAGAAAACACCUUGGACAAGUUUUAAGUACUGAUAUACAGGACAAAUUACUGGUGGUGGCAGAGGUGAAUGUGGAGUAAUAACAGAAAGGACCAUUUACUUUCAAUAAAAUGCAUACCGGUACUCAGCAAUGGAAUAUAAUGAUGGUCUCACUAUGUGAACAAUUAAAUGAAUCUUAGUAAUAACAUGCACUGCAGUAUAGCAAAUCUGCAGUAUUUGUCAGAGAAUCUUUUUUUGGUUAUUCACUGAUAAUAUAAGAAAAUGAACAAUACCGUCAAUUAUAGAAGUGAAGAAUAGGACCUGAUUUGAGACCAGUUGUAGAAGCCCAUUGUUAAAUCAGAGGUAAACACAACUAUUAGGCUCAUCUGCAUUAUGUCUAAUGGGUUUUAUCGUCAAUAAUAUUUGUACUUAAUUUUAUAUGAUAAUAAAAAGUUAGUGAACCACCAAAGAACAGUGUUUAUAAAAAUACCUUAAUAGCAUUAGUUAAUAGCAUUCUUUACUUUACAAGGGUAAUAAAAAGUUGGUGUACCAAAAGACUUCUCAUAAAAAAAAUUCUUUACAGGGGUAGUAAAAAGUUGGUGUAUCAAAAGACUUCUCAUAAAAAAAAAACUCUUUACAGGGGUAGUAAAAAGUUGGUGUACCAAAAGACUACCGAAAAUUUUCGGUAGUCCUCAUGCGUACUGUGUACAUACGGAAAACGUUAUGUUUUUUUUAAAUUCGAUACUCGAAUUUUAUAGUGAUCAAUUACAUUGAUAAAGCGACCCGCCAAACUUUACUAAUGACUCCACAAGUUUUGGGUGCCUGUGUACUAGAGUACAAUUAAAAGUAUAAUAAAUAUUCUCGGCCCACUCCUAUCCUUAAUUUAUGGCAACGACAUGGAAUCUGCCUUAGACUGUAAAUUAAUGCUAUAUGCUGAUGAUGCAGCACUUACGGUAUCUAAAAAAGAUGUUGCGUUAAUCGAACCUAAAUUAAGUAAUGAACUCCAGUCACUAAAUCAAUGGCUAAUUGAUAAUAAGUUAACUUUAAAUUUUGAUAAGACUGAAUCAAUCCUUUUUGGUACAAGAUAUGUGUAAAAAACAAUCCAAUUGUAUGGACAUUACCUGUAAUGAUGUCUAUUAAAUCAAAAUCAUCCGUUAAAUACCUGGGUCUUGAUCUUGAAAGUGCACUGUGCUUUUAAGUUUUUAUAUAGAAUAGAAAAUUGUUCACGCCAUAUGCCCUUAAACUCCUCAGAUCUUCUUUGACUCAAUAAUGCCACUAUCAUUAUGGAUGUUGUAUUUGGUAUUCUGGCCUUGAUAAAGCAACCAAAAUUAAACUUCAGACAUCCCAAAAUAAAAUUAUUAGAUGUAUCUUAUGUUUCAGACCUCGUGCACUGGUUAUAAUGAAUUCUCUAAAUUAAAUUGUUUGCCAAUUGAUCUCAGGGUUAAGGAACGAAAAGUGUAUCAUACAAGAUUAUUAACUUUCUCCUGGUUAUUUAAAUUCAUGUAUCACUAUGGUUAGCCAAACACAUAAUUACAAUACCAGAUUUGCUACGACAGUAUUUCAUUAAAAGUUCCUUAGUCUAAGGCCGCUUCACAUUCAUUGAAACUGGGAUUAUAUGAAUGGAAUCGUUUGCCAUUUACUGUUCAAAGUGCAACUUCCAUCUACGCUCUAUAAAAAUGAACUGAAGCUUAUAACGAAAUUUUAAAAAUGAGGGAUCAUAUAACUUAAAUUUUUAAUUGAUUUUUUAUGCUUGUUAUUCAUUAGGCCUUCUUAUUUUGUCCUGUUUUUUCUGUUUCUGAUUGUUUUUACGUAAGGACCACAACGGAAAUAAGUUGCCAAUUUCGGUACUUUAUUGUGUUUUUAUCUUUUGAAUAUAAUGUUUCUUGUCUUGUUUUAUGUAUAUAUUCAGAAAAAAGAAACAAAAUAAAAAAUAAAUAAUUUGAAAUUGCCGAAAAA